CCCGGAGAGUGCCGCUGCUGUUGAUGAUCGACACGCUCACCGUCGCCGAGGACGCCGGGAUGUUGAGCUUUGGCAACUGCAAAGUCGCCAUGUUGUAUAUGCGAAAUGUUUUGUCGAACGGCUCGAACUCCCGCGGAAAGCUCACAUGUGAAGAGCAAGCUCGUGGUGUUGACGGUUAGAAUUGUAAGUCAAGUGACUCAAGCCUCGCAACGGAUGAGAUGCGUAUAAGUCCCUGGCGCAAGUUUGGCGAUCAUCUGGAGCUCAACAUCACUGGACGCCAGUAUUUUUUCUACGGUUUAAUCGAAAGGUAUGAGUAGCACAAGCUGCAUGUGAAGGAUAAUACACCACCACUGGUAACAAGCGGUAGAUAUCAAGCUCCCAUGAGGGGAGAAAGACCUACCCUUGCGUCCUCGACCCGACUUAAGAAACUUUGGUCCCUUCAUGCAAGAGCCACUAGUGUCCAUGGUCUGGCUCGCUGGAAUCCACUUAGCUGGGACAGGCAUGGGGUUUCGUUUUCCAGCAUGCAACCAUGGGCCAAAGAUUGGCCUUCCGAGUUGCAUUGCCUGUAAGCUUCGUCACCACGGCCAUCGAUCAUCCAUGGCCAAUGUGGUGAACAGUCCAGGCAUGCUGCCGCCACAACCCCUCAGCGAGAACCGCCAUGUCUGCUCAUCGUUGAGCGUGAGGGGACUCACCAGCUUCACCAGAGGCGUCCGCAGUCCCGAGAUCUCAUAUCGGGCCAAUCGUUCCGACCCCGCUAGCCGGGUCAGGGGUGUGUGCACGCCACUUGGGCGCGACGCUUGCCGCAUCUAACUUCUUUGGAGCCUGCUCGGCCCAGAACGUACAAGAGAUGACCAAAAUGGUGCUCACAUCAUGAGAGCUUCAGAGCUACUCCAAUACCAGCGAUACCCAAACCCCGUCGGCCCCGCAGCGCCACAGCUCAGGGUCCUGCGAUUACCGGAGAUGGCUCCGAUUGCGGAUGGCACUGCGAUAAGACGGGAAACACACUGGGCACAACCGGGAACUUUGGACCCAAAAGUCGAGUCAAGCAUUUGGAUUUGCAUAUUUUGAUUCGAGACAGACCGGCCAUCUAGGACCACCCUCCCAGCUGUCCAUAUACGAAAAAGACAAGAUGACCGAUCUGCAACACAUGGCACGAGGGCCAUGUUGAAUGGCGUGUUGCUCACGCCGUCAACCUUCAAGACGCCAGAAAAGACAGAGCACCGAGA